GUGAAUGCGGAGACAAGAGAAGCGCGGCAAAGGGUUGCAGCCUUGAAGCAGAAGCGUCUGGAGCAGGCGGACAAGAAGCGUGAGAAGCUGAAAGCCAUGCUCUUAAAAACACAGACACUGAAGCAGAGGCAGAAGCAUGUGAAGGAGAAGGAGGAGGUGUCAACCAAGUAAUCAGUUUGCGGAACUUUGCUCAAGUUUGUUGUAAAGUUGUAAACAGACAUUAAUAUUUUGUAACAAAUAUAUAGAGUCAGU